CUGAUUUGGUGGAAAGACAACAAAAAUAGGACAUGGGAGAUAGGGAAGGUGAUAACCUGGGGAAGAGGUUUUGCUUGUGUUUCACCAGGAGAAAAUCAGCUUCCUGUUUGGAUACCCACUAGACAUUUGAAGUUCUACAAUGAACCCAUCGGAGAUGCAAAGGAAAGCGCCUCCACGGAGACGGAAACACCGCAAUCAGGCACCAUUGACUCGCAGGAUGAAUCAAGUGGUGAUAUUAGAAAAACAGAUGAAGUCACCACGCACCAAGAAGGCGGAGCUGCCAACCUGGGCACAGUUAAAGAAGCUGACACUGUUAGCUAGAAAAAGCCUAGCUAGCACAAAGGUGACACAAACCUCAGAAAAAAUGCUGUUUGCAGCUUUAAUGGUUGUAUCAACGGUGUGUGCCGGACCAGUCGAAGAAUCCUGCGCCAAAAUCGAGAGAACGAACAAGCCUUCAUCGCCAUGGCACAUUUAUAUAGAGGAAAAGGGAGGGAGAAUGUUGCGGGAAGUCAGGGACCUUGAACUGAGGGACUGGCUGAAGCCACAGCAGAAAAGCAUAAAAUAUGAAGAUUUCAUGGACAUUUUAUUAGUUUUCCAAACUUUAUACUUUUGUAAUAUCUUAUGUCUUUACUUUAAUCUCUUAAUCCCAUCAUCUUCUUCGUAAGCUGAGGAGGAUAUAUGUCACCUCAGGACCCUGUGAUGAUUGCCUUAACAACACAAAUUGUUUGUAAAGGACGUGUGUUUGAACAAUAUGAAAACUGGGCAUCUUGAAAAAAAAGAACGAGAUAACAGUGGUGUUCAGGAAACAAGGGAGGUAACCUUAAACUGGCCGCCGGUGAGCCGGACGGAACAGAGCCAUAUCUUUUCUCCUUUUGCACACAAAUAGGAGAGAUAUCGCUGAAUUCUUUUUUUCAGCAAGGAAUAUCCCUGAGAAAGAGAAUGCGCUCUGAGGGUAGGCCUAUAAACGACCCCCUUGGAGGCGUGCCGCCUUUUACGGUUGAAGCCGAAGGGAUGAAAUAAGCCCCGGCCUCCUGUAGUGCUCCCAGGCUUAUUAGGAUGAGGAAAUUCCCACCUAAUAAAUUUUGGCCAGUCAGGUUGUCUGCUCUCAAACCCUAUUUCCUGAUAAAAUGUUAUCAAUGACUAUGCGUGCCCAAAAAUUUCGUUGGCAAUUUUAAUUUCAAUUUUAACACCGACCGGUGAACUCAUCCUGCCUCCACUUGCUUUGUGAUAUUCUAUUACCUUGUGAAGUAUGUAAUCUCUGUAUCGUGAUGACAAUGGUAGUCUUGUUGAAAAGAAAAGGGGGAAAUGUGGGGAAAAGAAAGAGAGAUCAGCCUGUUACUGUGUCUAUAUAGAAGGAAGUAGACAUAAGAGACUCCAUUUAGUUCUGUAUUUGAGAUGCUGUUAAUCUGUGACCCUACCCCCAACCUUGUCCUUGCAAGAGACAUGUGCUGUGAUGACUUAAGGUUAAAAGGAUUUUGGGUGGUGCAGAAUGUGCUUUGUUAAACAAGUGCCUAAAGGCUGCUUAUGGUUAAAGGUCAUCACCAUUCUCUUUAAUCUAGAGAAAAAGAAAAACAUUUGUCUUCUGCCCGUCCCUGGGCGAUGGAACAUCUCAAAGCACAGCACCGGUGAUGGUAAAGAUAAUUGUGAAAACCGCCUUUAGGAAUAAGAUGGGGCUUGCUGGAGCAAUACUGCUAAAAGGUUUAUGGAGAGGUUCGCAUAUACAUCUCAAAGCACAGCACCGGUGAUGGUAAAGAUAAUUGUGAAUAAAUACCAAGGGAACUCAGAGGCCGGUGCCGGUGUGGGUCCUCUGUAAGCACAGCACCGGUCCCCUGGGCCCCGCUUUUCCUUCUCUACACUUUGUCUCUGUGUC